GUUUGCGAGGGCCGGUGUUUAAGUGUGAACCUUUUCUCUCCCCUGGUCUCUCUUUCUCCAGAUCUGCAUUUUGGAAGCACACAUGAAGCCACUACAAGUCAUGCAGACCAUCAUCCUAACUGGCAUCCUGUGGGUGAUGCCAUUCACUGGAUCUGUGGCGGUUCCAGCAAACACCACCGACUGUCCCCGCUCAGUGGCCGCUGGAACCGCGAUGGACCGCGAACUGAGGAAUCCGCCCGAAGUCAGCAUUCCACGGGGCCGACGAAAGCGCUACAUUUCCUCGAGAGACAUGAGCUCAUUGUUGGAUUACCACAAUCGUGUUCGGUCUCAGGUCUUUCCCCCUGCUGCAAAUAUGGAAUGUAUGGUGUGGGACGAGCGAUUGGCCAAGUCAGCAGAGUCCUGGGCCGCUCAGUGUGUGUGGGAACACGGGCCGCCCCAUGCCGUGAGAUUCAUGGGCCAAAACCUGUCCAUCAACUCUGGGAGGUACCGGUCCGUAGUGGACCUUGUGAGGUCUUGGCAUGAUGAGAGACAUUCCUUCUCUUACCCAGACCAGUGCAGUGGGUCUGUGUGCUCCCAUUACACGCAGAUGGUAUGGGCCAGCUCCAACCGCAUUGGGUGUGCCAUCAACAGGUGUUCCAGCAUGAAUGUGUAUGGAAGCACAUGGCGACACGUGGUCUUCCUGGUGUGCAACUACUCGGUUAAGGGUAACUGGGUCGGAGAGGCACCUUACAAGAUCGGACGCCCGUGUUCGGCCUGCCCUCCAAGUUACGGCGGCUCAUGCAGCAGGAAUCUCUGUUCCUUUAGUUUUAAAUCGAACAAGAUCGCUUGGUUUUAGGGCGUUCCACGUCGGAGAAUACACUAUUAUAUGAGUGUGUGUCAUUUUUGCUACCGGCUGCUGUAUCUCUCCCCGUUACUGAGCUUGUCCUCUGAUUCAUGGCAGGUAACACGAAGGCCUUUGGGGAACAUCUGCUAGUGAGAUUUUUUGUAUGAAGACCUACCAUGAUAUUUUUAUACAAAAGGUCUGGUGGUGAUAUUUUUCACAUUUUAUCUAAUAUCUUUUCCAGUCCAGUGCUGCAAUACCACUAUAUAAAAGAUGGGUGCUUUGUUGUUACGUUAGUUCAAUUUGUAAUGUUUGCUAUUACACUGUCAUCUACUGGAUUCAGUCAAUAAAGCUUUUAGUGUAA